AUGAUGGUCACCAACGUCCUCAAGACGUACCAGCAUCAUCUCCACCACAACGACAAGCAGCAUCAGCUCUCGCUUCCCAAGAAGAAGUUCGUCACCUACGCCGUCUACGCGCUCAUCGCCGUCGCGCUCCUCUACCUCUUCGUCGACACAGCAACUCCGCCUGCUGCGGCAUCAUCUACUACCACCAAGCCAUCAUCGCUGGCGGCGAGGCCGCCGUGGAUACAGCAGCUGCCACCGGCGCCGCCGCCGCUAUCGACGAUAUCUCCACCUCCUUACCAAGGACAAGCCGCAGCAGACAACAACGAUGAAACAUUGCUGAUCGUCAGUACGACGACUGCUGCACCGCCGCCGCCGUGCGACUACUCGGACGGCGAGUGGGUGCCGGACGCCCGGACGCCGCUCUACAACGGCACGACCUGCGGCGCCAUCAAGGACGACGGCCGGAGCUGCACGGCGAACGGGCGUGCGGACACGGGGUACGUCUACUGGCGGUGGCAGCCGCGGGCGUGCGACCUCCCGGCCUUCUCCGCGGCCGCCUUCCUGCGCUGGCUCCGCAACCGCCACAUGGCCUUCGUCGGCGACUCGCUGGCGCGCAACCAGGCGGAGUCGCUCGUGUGCUUGCUCUCGUCAGCAUCCCCGCCGGAGCUCGUGCACCGCAGCGCCGACGGCAGGUUCCGGCGCUGGCUGUUCCGCGACCACAACGCCACCGUCUCCAUCUUCUGGUCGCCGUUCCUGCUCAAGGGCGUCGAGAAGUCGGAGCGCGACGGCGUGCGCUACAACCAGGUGUUCCUGGACGCGUUCGACGAGCGCUGGAUGUCGCAGCUCGGCGCCAUCGACGCCGCCGUGCUGUCCGCGGGCCACUGGUUCCGGAUCCCCAGCGUCUACCACGAGGGCGGCAGGGUCGUCGGCUGCCACGGCUGCGACGCGGCGGAGUUCAACCACACCGCUGUCGCCGAGAUCAGCUUCUUCUCCGUGUUCAGGGACGCCGUCAGACGGACGCUCGCCGAGGCCACCCGCUGGCAUCACGAGCAGCAGCACAGCGGCGCCGGCGUGAAGCUGGUGGCGAUGACCACGUUCUCGCCGUCGCACUUCGAGGGGCAGUGGAACGAGGGCGCCCCGUGCAAGAAGAAUGCCGACACGGAGCUGGGGUACAACGAGACGGAGAUGAGGAAGAUCGUCGUGGAGGCGGUGGAGGAAGCGUCGUCGUCGUGCUCGUCCUCGUCCACCAUGCGGUUCGCGGCGGUAGACGUGACGGCGCUGGCCAACCUGCGGCCGGACGGCCACCCGGGCCCGUACAUGCGCAAGAACCCGUUCGCCGCCGGCAACACGGGCGGCCGGCCGGUGCAGCACGACUGCUUGCACUGGUGCAUGCCCGGGCCGGUGGACACGUUUAACCAGAUACUGCUCCAGACCAUCCUCCGCUAG